AUGCAGUAUAUUAAGUCACAACAAGGAAAACUUUUAAUACAGUUAAAUAGUUACUUAUAUCGGAAAGAAAAAAUACAUAAAGAUGUCGAAUAUUGGCGAUGCCCUUCCGAUCAUAAUAAUGUUGCCGAUAUAAUUAAAAAUCAAGCAAAAGUAGUAGUCGAAAAUAUUAAAAACCGCGCCGUUGAAACUCAAGAUAAUCCUGCAGUUAUAAUAAGUGAGUCGUCAUCUUCUGUAGUUCCAAUUGUUUUUUGUGCACUUCCACAGAUCGCAUACUUGAAACGUACAAUUCAAAGAACGAGACAAAGAAAUUGCUUAGCUCCACCUAAUCCUCAAAUUCUUGAUGAUUUACACCAAUUGCCUAUUGAAUAUAAAUUGACUACUCAUGGUAAACAAUUUGUUUUAUAUGACAGUGUCGAUGACUAUGCGACAAAACAUGGGUUACCAAAAACAAAUAACUCUAUUGAAGGCUGGAAUAGAGGCUUCAAUUGUCUAUUAGGGUCGUGUAAUCCAACAAUUUGGAAGUUCAUAAAAGCCCUUCAAAAUCAACAGACUUUAGUAGAUAUGCAGUUACAUCAAAUUAAUAGUGGCAUACGUUCGUCCAAUAAAAAAAAAAUAUAUAAUGAUUCUGCCGAAAAAUUAAAAAAUAUUGUUGACGAUUGUUAUAAUAUUCCGACAAUUCAAUAUUUAAAAGGUAUCGCAUAUAAUUUUUCAUUGCAAGUAUAA